AUUCUAGCCCCCUGGAUCCUGGACCUCCUCCUCGUCAAUCCCAUGGACUUCCGGAUGCCAACGACGCUAGGAUCCACACAUUAACAUCUCACACGGAUCAGGCGUACAGUCAUUGGGCAUCGGAUAGACAUGCGUGGAUUGUGGCGAAGGACGGGAGAUGGAUCAGGGAUGGAGCGCUCACAAUCUCACGGGAUGUUGCGGAUGGACUUGUUUAUGUUGGCGGGAGCCAAGAAACGUUUGUGGGGGUGACGUGUGGAGGAGUACGUACGAGGGAUUCCACCGUACAUCCACUGACUGUCCGCCUUCACCUGCAAGUACAACACCGGAUAUCAGCACCGAUCAGUUCUGUGAUUCGUUAUAUUCAUGGCUUAGCGGUGUAUCUGAUGUUUUUACUUCUGAGUCUAUUUAAGUCUGAGAUUUUACUAAUAUCGAUAGGGAUUGGAAUUCAGUCUUGGAUUUCUGAUCUGACGACUACUUGCUUUUAACUUUCCUUGUGUUGUGCAUAUGAUUGUGUGUUAGCGGAGUAAAGCAUCUUCUGUGAUUAUCGACGUUCGUAAUUUGUAUCGGAUUAUAGCGUGGUAAACACGGUAUGCUCGUACUUCGUCCGACCCGCAUAUGUGACGACCGGAAGUUAGGAGAAUUCUUCAGCACAAUCGCUUAGGGAUUCCUGAUCUUCGUGUUCCUGAACCUACCAGAUUCCGCACAUUUCCCGUGAUCCGUUGUAACGAUUGAGACAAGAGCUGCGAUACUCACUGAGCAAGGCAGGGAUAGUGGUUACGACGAUCCCGUCCGGAGAGUCGUUAGCUAAUCGUGUACUUCUUUGUACCAUUGGCAACCUCAUAAUACGACACGCUUUUUUAAUCAAUUUUUCCCUCUUUUACUCGCUUGAAUAUUACUUGGAUUAUAUCAAUCUGUUAGCGCUCAUAAAAGCUUAUCAUACCAAAUUUUGGGUUUAUGACGAUACUGGCAUAGGAUCGGAAAUACGGUAUGUGAAUAUGAAAUUAUGAACAGAUUGCUCACUACCCAGGAAUGCAUAAGGCAGGCGCGACUGCCGCGCUGCACGCACAUACAUACCAAAGCAAAGCAUGUCCUGUGUGAGUUUGCUCACUGGCCAGUGUGUAGCGGUGUUCCAGAUGUGCUCGAUCAAUCUGCCUUUGCAUCAUUUGGCCCGUGUAAUAAAGUUUGCAUUCGCCUAUUCGGACAUAAUUCUUCCUGUUGAUGAAGUUAGAUCAAGGCCAUACUAGUUUAAAACAAACAAAUUGUGUUACGAAGCAGCAGGCACAUUAUCGCAGCUAUGUUGUUCGCUCAUUUCAUCUGGCUUUGUGCAACGGCGCGUUUCCUGUGGGCUGUAGCAAAAUUUGCAGUUUCCAGAUUUGGCCUUCAAGAAUUGUAGAGUUGCAUGGUCCUAUUCGGCCCAACCAACCUGCCAACCGCCAAAAAAACAUGGCUGUACCAAAAAAGAUCUUUGUACACCGUUGUUAAAUGCGUAACAACGAUUGACUGACAGUGUUUUGGAAAUUGCAAAAUUCAUAAGCUUAUAAAUGGACAACGCCAACGGGGAGAUAAAAACUGGAAAGCAGACUGGAACGCUUGUAUUCCGUUUAUCCGGUGGACGACCAUGGGGAUUUACUGUGAAAGAGGUCUUUACGGAAGGGAAAUCGGAAGUGAACGAUGUUGCGGAUGUAAUACUAGUCAUUUCCAAGGUGGACCAAGAAGGAAAGGCCGCAGCUGCUGGGAUUCACGUGCGCGAUAUCCUUGUAUCCAUCAACGAAAAUUUGUGCGCUUCUUUAAAUGACGCCCAGAUAUGCAUACAGGAAGCAGCAGAUGACCAUUUUUUGGAUCUCAGAAUCUGGAGGGAGGAUUCUGCAGCCGAUGACAGUGUAAUCUCAGUUGUUACCGAGAGGAAAUCCCACCACGACCACACAACGUCUGGAUACACAGAUGGUUAUUCUGCCGACAAGGACGUCCCACCAUUGAUCACUAACGCCGCAGAGGGGGAAAACACAUCACCACCUGGCGCAAAUGCUAAAAUGGACAGCCCGUCGGAAUCAUUCCUCUCUGGUAUGCCGCUUUCAGCGCGUCGUAGUAGUUUAUACGCUUCCCAGCCGCUGGCCAUGUAUCGGACAGAGAACAUUUCGUAUACAAAAUCAUCAUCCCGGGCUUUAUCUCGUCAGUCAGUAGAUGCUUCCAAUUAUCCUGUUUGUGGAUUACCAUCUAGUACCCUUUACCGGAAGUCAGCCACAAGUAAAAAAACCGCAUUUGUUGAGCCCUUACCUUAUCGAGGGUACGAGAAACCAUUACCGCCCGUGCCUGGACUGCAAGAGUCGUCUUCAUGUGUGAAUAUUUCGUAUUCAGCACGGAAAUUUGAUGAAUCUUUGAGUGGUAUGGAAAAACAACAGUCGGGUGUUUAUGGUUCAAGGAGUAAUUCGACCUUGGAGGCAGCCGAUAUAGGAACCCCUGUGCCGCCGGUCUCGUCUUCGUUGAGCGGGCUCAAGCCGAAAAAUCAAAGAAUGAUGGAUCUUCUGCACAGUCACCACGUAUCUAAUAAUAAUGUCUUUCACGCAACGCCUUCCUGGUCACAGACAGAAUCUCCAGUCAUUACGCCAAUUAUGCCUCCACGCAUUGAUCAUAAGAGCAUUCCGCGGCACAGCCUGCCUGUUGAUUUUAGCCAACGUUCGGGAUUUGUACCAGAAGAAGUGACAGAACUAUCGGCUACUAUACGCAGUUUGCCACUGAGCAUUUCGUCGCAGCAAUGCAGUGAACAUUUCCAUGACCCUUCCCUGCGCGAUUAUAGUAGCGACGGGUUUGGACUAAGCGGAAGCUGCACUGGGGACAGUGUAAGCAGUGGUCUGUUGUCAUCGCGGUCAUCCUUAUCGUCGGGACCAUCGGUUUGCGGCCUUAAUUUGAAUGGAAGUCGUAGCAGUACAGCCCACGCGAGCAAGUUGAGUGGGGAUCGGAUGAAAAGUCGCAAGAAUCUCACAAACGCCUCGAUAUCCUCCGAUGAGCUGGACGAUUCGGCCAGUCUCAAGACCAAUCGCAGCUCCGCGACUGAUCGAAUGUCAAGUAGUAUGCCUGGUUGCCGCAGCGGUAAUAGUGUUGGUGAUCUCUCACGCGAAAAAGGAAGCAAUGCGCAGCUGACAACCGUCAAAGAAGUGCGCACCUUCCAGAUGCGACCGAAUUUGAACGCGCUGAAGGAGUCCGGUCCCAGUGAUUCGCCGUCCAGUGUCCGCUCCAGUCCGGAGGAAUUUCAGCAUAUUCGCAAUGCUUCAAUGGAUUCCUCUGUUUCCUGGCAGUCCAAUUCCACCACGAGCAGCGGAUAUUCCUCGACAACAUUAUCGUCUUCCAAUCUCUUGGGGGAUAACAGUAAUGCAGGGACCGAUCCAGAUUCGGCGGUGCAGCGCAGGGAACGCUCCAACACUGCUGAUGCGGGUGCGUCGUCUUUGGAUCGUUGGUCAAGAAGCACAGCAGCCCACAACGAGACAAACGAGCAGUCUGAUGUGCCCGUUCGUUCCAUGUCCGUAUCGGAAAUGGUGCGUAAUUUUUCGGGAACGAAACUCUUGCCCAAAGCCCCUAAUCCGCCUCCUAAGCCGCGGUACACCCACCUGCCUGCUGCGCCAGCCGACGCUGAAGUUUUAUCUGGCUCAAGUCCGCCAAAACCAAAGAGUGCGCUAUCGCAGCACGGACAGAAAUCUCAGUCGAUCCGACCAACGCAAGUCACGUUUGCCUCCAUGGAGGAUGUGCGUGUACUGAGCGAUGCUCCCAUUCAGAGUGCACAAGGACGUCGUUCGUCCACCGCGGAGACGCCGUCCGGGAGUUAUCCGUUUCCGGGCGAGGAAAUCAAGCCGUCUCCGGUGUUGAAAUCCAUUGUGCGCCAUUCUGGAAUAAAUUAUCCCGUACCUCCACCGAAAAAACCGGCGCUUUCCGUUAAACCCAAUACGAUUUUUCGAACGGCCGUGCAUAGCAUGGUGCUUGGUGCGAAAAAUACGGACGAUUCCCGUCGCAAGAACUCUAUAACUGAAGAAUCACCUGCGAUGUUGGAAAGUGAAUCGAAUAAAGAAACAGGAGAGCAACAGAAAUAUGUGCCGAAAUACAGAAAAUCAAAUGAAUCGGCAGAACAGGCCGAUGUGGCAGAAAUUCGGGCAAGCGUACCCGUUAUGGAGCAGCACGCAGAAAUUGACCAGCAAAUGGUAGUUUUGUCAGAGAAGGAGAUUGGUAAUGAGAAUUUACCGCCAUGGAAUAAGGAUUCCGAGCUGAACAGCGCCAAGCGAGAAAUUAUUGAAAGGUUAAGUGCCAAACUUGACUUAUUGCGGGAGGAACAGACUAGCUUGCAGGAAGAGAUCAACACUACUGAUCGGUGGGGAGACAGUAUUUUCCAGAAGUUCUCAAUAAAAGCCACAGAGCCAGAUCUGGAAAAGUACAUCCAGCAUCUACGCGAACUGGAAGAAAUUACAGCAUUAAGCAUGAGCCUUUCUAGCCGCAUUGAACGUUUGGAGCUCUCACUGGGACAGCUAACGUUGCCGGCUGAUGAUCUGGAAGCUACAACUUUGAAAAAUAAGAGAAGCAAGCUAUUAACUCAGCAAGAAGAAGCCAACUACUUGCAACAAGGAAUUGAGCGCCGUCGAAAGGUAUUCCAAACCAUUCUAGCAGAGAAGUACUUUGACCGAGAUGGAUACGAAGAUUAUGAAGACUUCUUCAAAACCAAGGCAACGCUGCUGCGUGAUAGCCGUCAGCUAGCGGAUAAAAUUCGAUUGGGAGAAGAGAAGCUCUUCUGCCUUUUAAACUCCAGCAUCCCUGGUUGACUGCAAAUAACUGGGGUUUUGUAUAAAAUGCAGUGUACCGGUUAUUUUGCUAUUGUUUCUUUGUAAUGCAGCUAAAUGCAGUUGGUGAUAGAAAUGGUUGUUUACAAAUUCCGACGUUGUCGAUCCAUUGCGUAUUUCGGUAAACUCUUUUUCUUUUGUGACUUCCUUUUAGUGACCAAACGGAAUUUUUGCGCUGCAGUUCAGUUUUCUGUUUCAUGUUAUUGAUCUUUAUUUAAACUUCGUAGUAUCUGGUACGGAAAUCCUGCAUCAGAAUGCAGUAGUCAUAAAUUUUUUUAUGGUCAACAAAACGGUAGUAAAGUGAGAAAGUGUUUGGUUG